UCUCUCUACGACGUUCCACCGGUGCACCACGGGGUGCGCAUUCAAACUGACCAGCGCGUCUCUUGCAGCGCAGACACCGUCCUCUCUCCACAUCCAUCACCGAGCAGCCUCACUGCAGCUGACCACAGGAGAAGGUGCAGAGGAGCUGCAGUGAAAAAGAAAAGCAGAAGGGAGAAGGUGAUGUUCUCUCCUCAGCUCACUGUGAAUGUGAGCUCAGCGAGGGUUUGAGCCUGUCAAGACGCUUCCUAACACCAACUCCUCAGGCUGGGACUAUCCUAAAGCAAAAACAACAAGCAGCUAAACCCCCCACCUGACACCUCACUCUCCUGCAACCGCUCUGCUUCCGGUCCCCAGUGCCAUGGCCUUCACCCUGUCAGAGAUUAUGGCAGCAAGGCGGCAGCAGUCCCAGACUCAGUCACACGCCCAGCGUGGCAGCAGGACUGCGGUGGAAGUGGAUGAGUAUAGCACCAACCCCACUCAGGCUUUCACCUUCUACAACAUCAACCAGGGACGCUUCCAGCCGCCACACGUCCACAUGGUGGACCCGAUGCCCCAUGACACGCCCAAGCCUCCGGGCUACACUCGCUUUGUGUGCAUCUCAGACACUCACUCCCGCACUGAUGCAAUCCAGAUGCCGUACGGGGACGUGUUCAUCCAUGCCGGAGACUUCACUGAGCUGGGACUGCCCUCUGAGGUCAAGAAGUUCAACGACUGGCUAGGUACCCUGCCCUACGACAUCAAGAUAGUAAUCGCUGGAAACCACGAGUUGACCUUUGACCAGGAGUUUAUGGCUGACCUGAUCAAGCAGGACUUCUACUACUUCCCCUCUGCCUCCAAGCUGAAGCCGGAGAAUUAUGAGAACGUCCAGUCUCUGCUCACCAACUGCAUCUACCUGCAAGAUUCUGAGGUCACAGUGCGGGGCUUCCGGAUCUACGGCUCUCCAUGGCAGCCCUGGUACUAUGGCUGGGGCUUCAACCUGCCACGAGGUCAGGCUCUGCUGGACAAGUGGAACCAGAUCCCCGACAACACAGACAUUCUGGUCACACACUGCCCCCCACUGGGUUUCCUGGACUGGGUCCCGAAAAAGAUGCAGCGUGUCGGGUGCAUGGAGCUGCUCAACACAGUCCAGAGAAGAGUCCAGCCCAAAUUACAUGUGUUCGGUCACAUUCAUGAAGGUUACGGCAUGAUGACUGAUGGCACCACGAAUUUCAUCAACGCCUCAGCCUGCACUGUCAACUUCUUGCCCAUGAACCCGCCCAUCGUCUUUGACCUUCCAAACCCCAGGACCACAUGACUAGAGAAAGCUCAGCCCCAAACAUAUACAGCCAAUCAGGAGAAAGGGGCCAGGAAAGGUAGGUGAGGUCUGGGGCCAGAACGAACUGAAUUCUGUAAAUACAACACAGGCGUUAACGUGACACAUGUAGUACACGCCUAAGUGAGGGAUGGACGCUCCCUCGCGCUUGUUAUUUUAUGUGCCAUUAUUUCUUCAUCUCAAUACUGAGUCUAAAAGCAAUGGACGAGCGGAGAGACGCUUUUACAAAUGGACAAAUGGACAUUUCUCUGUUUCCUCUUUUACUGCACUGACAAUCUGAUGUGGCUCUCAGAGAGACAAAGGAGACACCCCAAUGCCAUUUAAAUGUACUGUAAACAUUUGAACUUAAGUGAAACAACGCCAAGUCUAAAGGAGAGUUUUGGCUAAGCCACAUUUGCCCGAUGGAUUUUAACAGACAGGUAUCAGGUGCUACAUGCUAACACUAGACAGUCAUGCUAACUCAGCAGGGGUGGUUGUUUCACGGAUACUCCCUCGUGUUAUUCGUGGGAGAGAGAGAACAUUAUUUUAUCCUUUUUCAAGAGGAGUAAAACUGUAACUACAUGUACUGUAACUGGUCUUUGUAAAUGUUCUCUGCCAAUGUAAAGAAAAAAAACUUUCCGAGUUGUUGCUAUGCUUUUCAGAAAAAAUGUGUUAAUAUUUGUGUCCAGAAAUGUGUGCAUUUCAUUUGGUUUAUUUCUUAGAAAUGUAAAUGCUUAUUAUGGUGUUUUCUUCUCUCCAUUUGGUGAUUAUCAACUCUUUCACGUCCCUUAGCAGUUUGUCUGUGUUUUGAAAAAAAAGAGCUCUUCCUUUUUCCCCCUUUGCUCUAUUUUCUGGAUACGGUGGUCUAAGCAAGUCUGAAUGUGCGUAGCAUAACAAGACCACGUCACGCUUUGAUCUCCCUGCUCUCCGACAUUAUGUUGGAACGUUCCCUGGGGCUGCAGUUUACUCCAGCUUCACUCUUGCUUCUUUAGCACAUCAGUGUUCAUUGUGCCGGCUGAUGUCUUAAUGUUUCCAAAUGGGCAAAAGGGAAAAGAGCGGCGGAAUCACAUGUCUGUGGAUAAUGAUGGGAGGUGCGUGCACAUUGAAGCCUGAGUGUCUGUAUGUGUUAUGCUAAUGUUAUGUGGAGCAAUUUCAAAGUCUGUCAUUUUGCCUAUCCUCAUAUCUUCAAGGGACAUGUUUAGGGUUAGGACUAGGUUUAGAAUUUAGAUUAUGUUUAAAGCACAGAGUGUUGAAAGUAUGCAGCUUAAUAAAACACAGGUAAAUUACCAAAACACAAGCAAAUAGAGAAAUCAUAUUUGACAAUGUAACAGAAUACACUUGAAAGUCCUUUAAUAUAUAGAAGAUGUUGGUCUGUCAUUUGAGGGUCUGAUAACACCUCAGGAUAAAACCAUUUGGAUAAAUGAUUUAAAUUCAACUUUCUCAAGAUAUUGUAAGGUAGAGUUUAUGCCCUUGCAGCUGCUAUAAGGUGUUUGAGAAUGUAUGUUAUAUUGCUGAUAAAACUGAUCUCUGCUCAACACCUUGACUGUUUAUAACAAACAAACAAUGGCACUAUUUUCUCAGUAGCAAGUGUCCCAAUUCACUAACUGGUUUUGUUGGAUCAGAACAACAAGUACUGGCUCUUUGUUGAAUGCUGACAUAAUCAUAAACAUCAUCAUGAUCCUCUUCAGAGAACCAGGACUUUAGGCACGAAGUGGGGAGACUUUAGAUCAGGGUUGGCAGUAAUAGUUUAAAUGGUUGUGUUUUAGUUUGAAUUAAUACACAAACUUAAUAAAAGUCUAUGAAGUAAAAAUGUUUCAAGAAAAUUAAGGCAACUGUUAAAAAGUUUCAUAAAAAGCUGUCUGGCCUGACCGUCCAGUUCCAAUCCUCAUUUAGAUGUCUCACUUUGAUGCUCUUCAGUAGAUGUGUUAUGUGUUUCUGUUUUCUCCAAGGAAAAAAAGUGCUGUACUAGUUCUUGAUUUAUUUCUUGAGGCAUGCUUAAAGAAGUUAAUGAUUUCUGCUACUCAGACAAUCUGCAUAUGAAAAGUUUUUUUCCAAAAUGAGAUAUCCACUGUUUGAAAAAUGGCAUGCCUACACAGGCCGAAUGAUUGACAGUUCCAACUUGAAAGCAGACUGUGGUAGUACUUUCUAAAGGACUGUCAGUAACGUGUGUCCUUGGUAACACUUUUUCUUGGCUGGGUCCUCUAUAUUUCAACAAUACUGGAUGGUCAUUAACUUCAGGUCUUUUUUUAAAUGGAAUUAUAGCAUUUUGGAAUUAAAGUGUUCAUAUGGUAUUGUAUUUUGUUAUUGUUGUUGAGGACUUUUACAUUUUUUUAAACUGUAAAACAAGAAAAUGAAGACUCAACAGCUGCAAAAUGUUACUGUGUUGCUCCUGGAGACAAUUCUAAAAAUGUGAAGUACCUUUCUUAAAACCAUGAGGAUUCUGCUGGUUCUGAGAGAUUAUUCACAGAUUGAAUAAAAGCUCAUCUGUGAAAGGUG